AUGUUACGAGAGCUCUCAGCAUAUUAUUGCCUUCAGGUCCUUCUGACCUGGGUCUUCGUCAUACACGUAUGGAGCUUGCGAAGCGAUUACAUGGCAUACAUGCCUCCCAAGCUGCUGGCAAUUAUUGGCACUCUAUCACCUCACCUCACCGGUCCGUUCGGGUACUUAAAGGUCAGCUGUCGACCUUUGGGGCUCGUUAUCUCCUCUUCGCCUCUAACCACGACCCCAACGUUCUGCAACUACCACCACCACAGGAAACGUCACAAUUAUCAUGCCAUCCUUCCUCUCAAGCUCAAACUCUACACCAGUAGGCAAGCGUGUAUCGUCGUCGGCGAAGCUGGAUGGGAGAGAGACCUCCCGCCCAUACUGAUACUCUUGGAUGUAUGGCCUUUACAGCGUGAUGUCAACGUCUCUUUCCCUGCUGGAUCAAUGCGCACUUUGCCCAAAACUAAUGAAGCUGUCCCCGAGGAUGACAUGCUUUCGCCUGAAGAUCAGGCAUGGGGCCGCCCGCCACCGACCAACUAUAAAUGGGCCAUUCCGAAGUUCGCUCGGAAAAAGACGGCUGGCAAGUCCUAA